GUGGAAUUCCUGAUUCCCUGGAGGACCUCAUCAGUGACAUCAAACAAACAUGUGCAUUGUCUGGACGGAUAAGGCUUCAAUACAAAGACACUGACUUUGGGGACAUGUUUGUCAAUUUGACCUCUACCACUGACAUUAAGUACCUAAGUACUGUCAAAGUCAUUCAGAUGGACAAACAACCCUUUGCUUCUCCUAGCCCUGGAGCUGAGCUCUUGCUCAUCUAG